AACUUCUUGAAAAAUACAAAAAAUUUGAUAGAACAAUCAAAUCAAAAACAGGAAAUAAUGCUCCUAUAGCGGAUAAUGCAAUCAGAUGGCAACAUACUCUUUUACAAAUUUUUUGUCAUCGUUUCCUACGAUUUUUAAAGUAUUCUUCAAAAGCACCCGAACUUUUAGGUUAUAUUAAACAUUCAGUCUCUUAUCUAGAUCAUCGUCAAACUUAUCGUGACGUUGAAACAUUUGCUCUACACAUAAUGUCGAAUGUUAAAUUUAUCCAUUCUAUAGCUGACUCGUGCCGAGAUAAAGCUAUUUGGUUUGGUGAAUCAGAACUUUUGGCUCGAUAUAUGAUUUUUACUUUGGCUCGAUUAAUAAAGUUUAGAGGUAGCGGUGACAUUCCAUCGGAAACGAUAAAAGGAAUUAUUAAUAGCAUUUAUCCACAACCACUUCAAUUUUGUCAAACGACUCUUUCUUUUUUCCCUGAGCCACUACGAUCCAUUCUAACACAACAAAGAUCGGCUAUGGGGGGAUCAUUCUCACAAAGUUCUGAUAAAGAUAAACAAGUUAACUCUGCUCUGAAAAUAGGAAAUUUAUAUAGAUUGUUAAUGGGUCAAGCUUUAAGUCCAGAAGAUGAAGAAAUAUUACAAGAGCAUUAUUCUAAACUUGAAAACCAAUCAAUAUUUUUGUGUGUAUUUUGGAGGAUUGAUUGGAAUUGUGGAAGAGAAAGUAACCAAGAACUUAUACCAAUAAUACGUAAAAUCUUGAUCCAAUUCCCGCCUUCCAGAAUGGCUACUUAUACCAUCACUUUAGUGGAUUUUAUUAUUGAAAAGAUUGAUAAUGAUCCUAAAAGUCCUUCUAUAACGUCUUGUUGUCAAAUGUUAGAUGAAUUGAUAUGGAAAUAUCAAAUUGUCGCAUUUGAACAUGUUCUUUUUGCACUGGUCAGAGGACAUCGUGAGAAAGAUACAACAGCAUUUCAGAUAUUGGAUUAUUUACUUUUUAAAUCGAAAAAUUUUUCUGAACGCGUCGAGUAUUUUAUUUCAUUAAAUUUUGAACCUAGAUAUUGGAUAGAAGAUGAUCAUUAUGAUAAAAUGAUGAAAUACUUGGAGAGAUAUCCGGAAUUCUUUCAGUAUGAAGCUUAUGCAAUGAAUGGAUAUGAAAAUGUUAUUUCGGAACUUAAACCUCCCUCUGUUACAAAUAUGCCAAUAUAUUACUGUACAGUUAUUCGUAGAACUUUACCAAUAUUGGACAUUGUUAUUGGAAAAUUGAUUGAAUUCGGCGAAAAAGAAUUGCUUAUCAAAUUGUUAGACAAGUAUCGACUCCUUUAUAGAUAUCAUCAAACUUUGUUAGCAUUCGUUAGAGAUUUACUUUGUUACUAUUACUCGGUCCCUAUCGUUAGAGAGAAGGCUUUUUAUUUUGAUGAAUAUGAUAUUUUACCUGAAUUACUCAAAUAUGGCUCAGAUGAUCUUUCCAAAGAACAAUUAUUUGACAUCAGUUAUUUCGAGAAAGUUUUCCGAAAGUUAUCAGAUUCAAUGUCGCCAGAAAAAUGUGCUCCGAAGACAAAUUCAAAGCUUCCAGAAAAACAUUUUCGCGAAAUACCUAAUCCUUUAGUACAAGGUUUACAUAUAGCGUGUAUAGAAGUAUUUACCACUUCCAUAAAACCUGCAGAUUUUGUCAAAGUUUCAUUGGACAUUGUUCUUAUGAAUGGUAGAAAGGGCGUUGCUUUGCAGCCUAUGGUUUUACAUGCAAUAGGAUUACUUUAUUCUUUUCUACCUGUUGAUGAAUUUAUUACAAAAUUAUUUGAUGAAUUGGUAACAAUGAUAUUAACAGAUCCACACCUUGGAGAAUUUUCACAGGCUUUUAAUUUGACUGGAUGUUCCUCAAGUCAGUUUUCAUCUAACAAUGAUCCAUCUCAAAAUAACAAAAAUGAUGGAAUAAAAACAGAUUUACAAUUGCUUUAUUUGUGCGCACUAAUUGGACCUAUAAUUUAUAGAUUAGAACAAAUUCCAUUGAAAUUAUCAGAGUGUAUAUUGCAUAUUUUUAAAUCAUUAAAUAAUGUUGCAAAUAAUAUGAAUUUGGAAAAAUGUGGAGACACAACUCAAGCACUGGAACAAGUUUAUGAUUUUUUGCAUUACGUUAAGACUAUUUUAAAUUUAUCAAGUUUAGAAAACAUAGAAAUGCAAAAUGUUAUUAAAACGAUGAAAUUAGCGGUUCAAAGAAUAAAUAUCAAUAUGUUGUUAAAUGGAUUUCGAGUUGAAAUCAUAGUGAAUGGCCAACCUUUGAGUGAAUAUACUGAGCCAUUAAGUAGAAAUGAAAAUUUGGCAACUAGUUCAUCUUAUACGCGCGCAGAUAAAUCUGCAACGCAAGACAUGUGUAAUUUGGUUCAUUAUGCUGCAGUUGAAGAAUUCGGUGUACGUUACAGUGUGAAAUAUUCUGCACCAUCUACAAAAUGUUCUAUUAAUGAACCAAUAAAAGCAUUUUUGUAUAUUGAUGGGGAGUAUGAUUAUUCGUAUGGUGAUCUAAAUCCAAAUAAUUUGUCAGAAUUAAGAACAUGUUUUUGGAGUAAAAAUCGAGAUAAACUAUAUUAUUUUAAAUUUAAUCCAACUAAUUGGUCAGAAGAUGAUGAUAAUAGAAGAAGUAAUGUUUCAGCUAAAAACAAUAAUAUUGGUGGUCCAGGUGCAAUAUCUGUUUAUUUUUAUCGUGCCAAAAGAGUUCGUUGGCACGUUACAAACACUCCUGAUUAUUCUGUUGAGAAUGCAAUUGUUCCUGAAAAUAAGAACACCAGGUCAAUAAAACUUUCUACACAAUACGAUGUACAACCAGUUACAAGACCUUCGAAUGUAAAAUAUGACACUUAUUUACAAGAGGAAGGUAGUCCCAUAGCAGCUCUUCAUCUCAACUAUCGGCCUGCUGCAUGGUUAAGAAGUCGUGGUCAUGGUUAUGGUCUUUCUAAUUAUAGUACAAUAAGGUCACCUCUGUCUUUGUCCACACCAAAAAAUCUUGUGAAAGUUGAAGAGGGAUUAAUGGAAUUAAUAGAAAUAAAAGAAGAACCGAUAGAAGUAAACGCCAUCGCUAGAAGGGGUAAACGUAAUAAAAAGAAUCCCGAAGUUAUUGUGAUUAGUUCUGAUGAUGAUGAUGCUUCGUACGAUUCUAAAAGAUCCAAAAGAUGA